AUGGCGGAUUUCAUGGAGAAGCUGAGCUCAAACUUAUCCACGGGCGCACUCUCUAAGUUCGCGUCCUCAUCAUCAAGACAACUAUCAGGAUUACCAUGGAUCUGGUCGUAUUAUCUUCUCCCAGCCAUUGUUGCUUAUCCUUUCCUCUGCUCAGCCUUACGAUUUCGACGACUCAAGGCACUCCAAGCUAGAUUUAAAUAUGGUACUCCUGAGCGACCAUCGUACGAAGGUAUGACGGUCAAAGAAGCACAUGAUAUCAUUUCGGCCAUGAGCGAUUACGAGUUUCCUGCGUUGUUCGAGAAAGGUCUCCAAUUUGCACUGUUUCGCACGUAUGGUAUCCCUACCAUAGCUGAGUUACUGGUCAAGACUACACAGCUCUCAACAGCUAAAAAUGUCGACAAGCGAUAUGCAGACACCGGUGUCCUCUUGGGCGAUAUGUAUGCGUCCGACCCAGCAAGCGACAAAGCCUUGAAGGCUACCUCAAGGCUGAAUUACCUUCACGGCCACUAUAUCAGACAGGGGAAGAUCUCGAACGACGACAUGCUAUACACAUUAACCCUUUUCUUAAAUCAGCCACCAGAGUGGAUCAACAGAUAUGAGUGGAGGCAGCUUACGGACCUUGAGCUCUGUGCCAUGGGUGUCUUUCACAAAUACAUGGGCGACAGCAUGCACAUCAGUUUCGAACCUCUGCCGAGUUAUAAGACUGGAUGGAAGGAUGGCCUCCAUUUCUACCGCGAGAUGGACACCUGGGCCAAAGAAUAUGAGAAGAAGGUUAUGGUGCCGAACAAGAACAGCUACGACACAGCUGUGCAAACGCGCGCCCUCCUUUUGGGCACGCUCCCAAAAUUCAUCCACCCGGUCAUGAUGAAGUUGGUCAGCGUUCCACUCGAUGACCGCCUGAGAGAGGCCAUCAUGUUCGAACCGGCACCAGCGUCUUAUGCGGCUUGGUUUGAGAGAUUCAUGACUGUCAGGAAAUUCUAUCUCAGGUACCUCGCUCUCCCGAGGCCAUGGUUCAUGAAAUACAGUUUACACACCAAGGAUCCUGACAAAGCUGGACGGCGUUACGUGGUGAGGUGGGAUACCAAACCAGUUUAUGUCAAGCCAACCUUGUGGAAUCGAUGGGGGCCAGGGGCAUUGAUUUCGUCGGCUCUGGGAAUAGCUGUGCCUGGAGAUGAGGGUACAUACCCAGAGGGGUUCGUUGUGAGGGAAACUGGACCUCUAGCAUUCAAGGGCAAAGGCCAGCAGGAGGCGGAUGCUGAUGCCCAGCAGCUAAAGAAGAAACUGACGAUCGGAUGCCCGUUCGCAGUUCGCUAA